UCUAACCGCCUCGUACCGCCACGGCCGUGGCCCGUGGCCACCUGCCGUGGUCACCAUGCGCCCGCUUCCGGCGUCCGUGGCGUCCCGACUGGCGGCGGUGCUCGCGGACCCGGUCGGCGUUCCGCUGCCCGUCUUCAACUCCCUCCUCUCCGCGCUCGCCGCCUCCGUGGACCCCUCCCACGCGCACCUCCCGCUCCACCUCUUCCGCCGCCGCCUACUCCCGCUCCGCCGCCCCGACGCCUUCACGCUCUCCGCGCUCACCUCGUCCCUCCCCUCGGCCUCCGAGGUCCUCCACGCCCUGGCCCUCCGCCUCGGCCUCCUCCACGCCGACCCCGUCCUCGCCAACUCUCUGCUCCGUCUCUACCUACGUCCACCCGUCCCCUGUCCGGGCCUCGCGCGCCGCCUGUUCGACGAAAUGCCCGCGCGCACCGCGUCCUCCUACAACACCCUUAUCUCGCACUCGCACUCGCCUGAUGACGUGUGGGGCAUCGUGCGGCGGAUGGUCGCCGACGAGUGCGCGCCAGACCGGUUCACUGUCUCAGCCGUGCUGCCCGUGUGCACUUCUGCACGAUGGGGCAGGGAGCUGCAUUGCUACGCUGUCAGGGAUGGGAUGUGCCGGGAGGAUGAUUUCCAUGUUAGCAGCGGCCUUGUGUCCAUGUACUGCAGGGUUGGCCACCCGGACUCUGCACGAACGGUUUUCAACAGGAUGGAACGGAGGAACGUGGUUUCCUGGACUGCCAUGGUGGGAGGGUACAUGGAGAAUGGUAUGUUUGAGGAUGCCGUGGAUUGUUUCCGGGCGAUGUGGCUGGUCGACGCCAUUCCACCAAACAGGAUCGCGUUGAUUACUGUGCUCUCAGCCAUUGAGGCCCUCUCGGGCUUGGCAGAGGCGAAGCAGGUGCAUGGUUUUGUGGUGAGAAUGAUGAUGCAUGCUGAGGUGCCGCUGAACAAUGCUUUGAUUGAUACAUACGCAAAGUGUGGGGCCUUGCAUUAUGCAAGGCGGGUCUUUGAUGAUACCAGUUGGUGCAAAGAUGUGAUCUCAUGGGGUGCAAUGAUUUUGGGUUAUGGCAUUCAUGGUAUGGGUGUCGAAGCAGUUGCUUUGUUCGACCAGAUGCUUUCCUCUGGGGUUAAACCUGACAGUAUAAUUGGACUUGGUGUUCUUUCAGCCUGUUGCCGUUCAGGUUUGGUGUUGAAGGGCCUUGAUACAUACAGCUCCAUGGUAAACGAUCAUGGGGUUCAUCCAACUGAGGAGAUGUGUGCCUGCAUGGUUGAUUUACUUGGCCGAUCUGGGCAUGUUUACCGUGCCUUUGAUUUUGUGAAGUCAAUGAGUGUGGAGCCAGGCCCUAGUGUCUGGGGAGCACUUCUGGAUGCCUCUGUCAAGUACGGCAACAAAGAAAUCCAAGAUCUGGCUUCCAGGUCUCUUCUUAGAUUGGAACAAGGGAAACCAUCAAAUCUUGUUGCAGUAUCUAACCUAAACGCCUCUUCAGAAAGGUGGAAUAUUGUUGAACAAGUUAGGGAUACAAUCAACCAGGGAUCAUUGAAGAAAAGAACUGGUUGUAGUUGGGUAAAUCCAACAUAGGUUAACAAUACUUCUUCGAGCGACUUACAGAUAGGUUUUCGGCGCUUCUGAUCUCAAGUGUACACAUCAGAUGGCUAUGCCCUGGGAGCAAUCACAUCAUAUUGCACAAAUUACUGGAAGGUGUAUUGAAGCUGCAACAACAAAGCUGCAAUACUUGUAUAUUGAUAGAUGAGUAGAUUAUGACACAUCUACUGUUGGAGCCUUUAAACAAGAACUGCCUUUUACCAUGAUGUCAAAAUUGUCUGCAAUCUCAUCUUUUCCAGGUCUUACAAUGAGCUAGAGUAGUAGAAAAUGAUGAAGAUCUGUUCCUAGUUGAACAAUUUGUGUGAACAAUCAAGCUGCAACUUGAGGAUGCAUGAAGCCAACUUGAUAUUCAGCGAUUUUAUCUUAUAUAAAGGCUCAUGAUAACUUUGCAUCAAGGUCCAUCUCCUGUUCCUGGGUCCUGACUGGUUGGCGCCCAUAUCUCAGUUUUAUAUGUUCAGUUUGAAAUUACUUGCUGCAUUGUUUCACAAGUCAGUAGAGGAUAUGGCUGAAAUUUGUUGCUUAAUUGAAUGAACAACUGUUGGUUGAUGCUUUGUAAGAGGUCCACAACUGUUGGAUGAUGCUUGUAAGAGGUCUUGGUCAUGGAUUCACAAAAGGUCUAUCAUAUCAUAAAUGCUUCAUGCUUGUGUGGCCUUGUCAGUUGUAACCUACUACUACAACUUUUGACUUUGCUUGGAUAACACUUGGCUGGUUCAUGAACCUGGUUCAAAAUUUGCUUGGCUGUGAAUUUGCAUAUCUAGGUUAGGCCAUUUACAUGAAGCAGGACAAUUGCAGUCAGACCAGAUUGAAUGAAACCAUAAAAGAAUUGCAAGAACAAGAAGGCAAAAAAUCCGAUGCUUAUCAUGUUCCUUUACUUCCUGCAUCUGCAUAAGUGGCACUAUAAGAAUGUGAAACAUUGUCUCAAAGGUGCAUGUUCUUUGCUUCUUUUGUUUGUGCAAACUACAUUUUUUUUUGUGGUCAGUCCUAAUUUAUACACUCAGGCUAUGUGGCUGAGGGUUCUUAAUUAUAAUGCCUUGGGGAUGCCAUUCCCCAGUUUUUUUUUUUUUUUUUUUUGGCUUGUCGGUAGCUGAACUAGUUUAGGUGCUGUAAUAGGUCAUGACUUUUGUAGGUAUGAGAGCUUCAGCAAAGUGCCCUUUUGUAGGUAUAAGAGUUUCAGCAAAGUGCCUUUUGUAGUUAUAAGAGUUUCAGCAAAGUGCAGUCUAGAUUCUUGAAGUGAUGGAGCGAGAAAUGCAGUGCUCAGUCCAUGAUUAGAAGUGAUGUAUUUGUAUUAACUAACUUUUGAUUUGUUCAAUGCAAUAACAUGUCUACCUCAUGUGGUGAAGUCUCUGGAGGAGUAUAUGGUUGUUAUAUGGGGUCAAGGUUUUUGUCCUUUGAUUGAAACUUGGGCCUAUGUCUAUGUUUAUUCAGCAAUCUUGAUAGCAUAGCUGUAGAAACAUUAAGUAUCACAUCUUAGGGUUAAUCGCUACUGAUGCAAUUGUUUGUUUCUUGCAUUUAAAGCUUGUGUUCUUCUACUCCAACUUGGUUGGGAUUAAAAGGCUUUGCUGUUGAUUGUGGUCUGUGUUCAAUUGCUGAUAGCCUGAUACUCAAUGAUUCAAAUAUGAGAUACAUGAAUAAAGAAAUAUAAUUGUAUAACCUAUUUCUAAGUAGGUAUCUUUAUGUAACAUGUUGUUGAGAUUUACAUCUUUGUCAGUCAGUUAUAAAUUAUAAUUCUCUGAUUAUUGUUCUGGUCUAAGAAAUGCUAUUUGUCAUGCAUCGAUCCCAGGUUUGGCUAAAGGGCUAGUUAGAUUGCCACCAGUGCUUGUGAAGGAUAGGAAAUUUCUGGGAAUUGAUAUGGUUCAUAACUUCAUAUAAUUUGUCACUAAAAAAAUUUUCUCGACUUGUUUGGCCCCCAACUGCUUGAUCAUGAUCAUGUAACUUCCACAUUUCCCCGUUCACACAUGUAGGAUGAGUAUUUGGCGGUGCAGUUAUUAUAUAUAAAGUGCAUGGAUCACAAAUACAUGUACUGAAGUUACUUCUACAUGGUUCAAUUUUUCUUCUGUUGUGCUGUUUGUUGAUGAGUUUGUGCUCAGAUGCAUGUUCCGCAUGCUUGAUCAUGAUCAUGUAACUUCUACAUCUCCCCAUUCACACAUGUAGGAUGAGUAUUUGACGGUGCAGUUAUUUAUAUAUAAAGUGCAUGGAUCACAAAUGUUACUUCUACAUGGUUCAUUUUUCUUCUGUUGUGCUGUUUGUUGAUGAGUUUGUGCUCAGAUGCAUGUUCCGCAACCGUUUGCAGAUGCCAUUUGCAGUGUACACAUGGAAAAGACAUACAAUCAGGAGGCCAUUUGAGCAAUGGAAAUUCAAUGAACAAACAGAUCACAGGAGCGGAAACAAGAAGUCAGAUCACCAUGUUAUCUUCGGAGCGAAUCUAUCAUCAUGUUCCAGUUGGUAUCUCACGUACCUCCUAAUGUUCGCCGUAAAGAGUUACUCUUUGCUCUGGUUCUGGCCAUGAACAGCCUCGCCAUCUGGUUCCAUCAGCCCUUUCCUUAUUGGAUGACCAGGCUUGUUCGCUUUCAGAGGUGACAGCAGGUUUGGUCUUGUGACCCUUUCGAGAAUAUCAUGACUCACACGGAUUGAGAUCUUGUGAUGGUUGCAAGGACUGCGCGCCCGGCUCCCAUGUUGUUGGUUCCGUCCUCGCGAUCACAUGCGUGCAGAGGAGUGUCAUCUCAGAUUUAAGCAAGCUCCUGACUGGAACGGCUUGAGGCGCUGUAGCCUUUCGUCGGGGAUCAUUGUUGGUGCCGCGUCAUAAUUGUUCCCCGGUCUUAGCAUGCUCUGUGUAGGGGCUGCUAGAUCUCUUCUGUAGGCUGUUCCCUUGAUUUAAAAGAUGGCGGCAUGUUAAUGGCAUGAUGAUUAGCCAUUUAAUAUAUGAUUGGAAAGGUCCAACCGCA